GAGCGGCCAACCAGCGGAUCACGCGGCGGGCCAAUAAAAGCGCGCGGAGCUUCGCCGGCUGCUGACUGCCUGCUGCUGACUCUUGGGUUGACUUAACGUUUCGGGGUCGUAGCCCGCCUCGUGUAGCGGUUUCACUGGGGUUUAGGGCUGCUUGGCGAACGAAGCGUAGCAGGAGGCGACGAAGAAAAUGCUGUUUUGGCACACGCAGCCGGAACAUUACAACCAGCACUCAACAGGCAGCUAUCUGCGUGAUGUCCUCGCACUCCCAAUCUUUAAACAGGAAGAGCCUCAACUCUCCUCUGGGAAUGGCACAAAACUCCCUCCAUUUCAGUAUGUGCUCUGUGCUGCUACAUCCCCUGCUGUGAAGCUUCAUGAGGAGACCUUGACCUAUCUCAACCAAGGUCAGUCUUAUGAAAUCCGUCUACUUGAGAAUAGGAAAUUGGGAGAGUUUCAAGAUUUAAACACAAAAUAUGUAAAGCUCACAAGGAGCCACGACGGGCAAGGAUCAUUUAGACAUGUGAGCAUAAUUCGUGUGGUUUUUCAUGACCGCCGAUUGCAAUACACAGAGCACCAGCAGCUCGAAGGCUGGAGAUGGAGUCGGCCAGGAGACCGCAUCCUUGACAUAGAUAUCCCACUGUCAGUUGGUAUCUUAGACCCCAGAGCCAGUCCUACACAGUUGAAUACAGUUGAAUUUUUGUGGGAUCCUUCUAAGAGAGCAUCAGCCUUCAUUCAGGUACACUGUAUUAGUACAGAGUUUACUCCAAGGAAACAUGGGGGAGAGAAAGGUGUACCCUUCCGGAUACAAAUGGACACAUUCAAACAGAAUGAGAAUGGCGAAUACACAGAACACUUGCAUUCUGCAAGCUGCCAGAUCAAAGUAUUUAAGCCGAAAGGAGCAGACAGGAAACAGAAAACAGACAGAGAAAAAAUAGAGAAGAAAACCACUCAAGAAAGGGAGAAAUAUCAGCCUUCCUAUGAUACAACCAUUCUCACAGAGUGUUCUCCAUGGCCAGAUGUGCCUUAUCAAGUGAGCAACGCUCCAUCUCCGAGUUACAACAGCUCUCCAAACAGUUUCAGCCUUGGAGAUAGCAACAGUUCUCCAACUCAUCAGGUGGAACUCCUGCCUCCCAGCAAUGACCAUCUCCUCCCCUCUGCUUCUAUUCAAGAUGCUCAGCAGUGGCUUCAUCGAAAUAGGUUUUCUCCAUUCUGUAGGCUCUUUUCAAGUUUCUCAGGUGCCGACUUACUGAAGAUGUCCAAAGAAGACUUUGUUCAGAUUUGUGGCCCAGCUGAUGGCAUUCGACUUUUUAAUGCCAUUAAAGGAAGGAACAUAAGGCCCAAGAUGACCAUUUACGUCUGUCAAGAACCUGAACAAAAUCGAUCUCAUCUUCAUCAAAAACGAGAGAAUGGAGAUGCUAAUCUGUGUAUUUACCAUGCUAUAUUUUUAGAAGAGCUGACAACACUGGAAUUGAUGGAGAAGAUUGCAAACUUGUACAGUAUUUCCCCACAGCAGAUAAACCGGAUCUAUCGGCAAGGACCUACAGGGAUCCAUGUAUUGGUGAGCAAUGAGAUGAUACAAAACUUUCAAGAUGAGUCUUGUUUUGUCAUCACAACAUUAAAAGCUGAAAGUAACGAUGGCUACCAUAUCAUUCUGAAAUAACCUCUGUAUUUUGGGACUUAACAACACUAUGAUGCCUCACCCAGUUCAAAGCAACCCAGACUGAAAAGAUGGAAAACUUAUUUGGAUAAAAUCCCCUAACAAGAAAAUUAAAGUGUGUAGAUUUCACAGUGUUGGGGACUAGAGGUGGUCUUCAGAGUUUGUUUGUUUUUUUAAAAAAAUAAUCGUUUCCUUUUUAGGACUAAUACAGUUUUUGGUUCAUUAUUCAA